CGGUCACAUGGCCGCCAUACUGGUUGGCACCAUUGACCAUCCGUUGUUGUACUGUACUCCACGCCCCCAUCCCUUUUACAACAGCACAUGGGCAAAUUAAGAUCGUCGAUUGCUCCGACAACGUCUCCAGAUACCGGAGCGUUUCCAACUCGAUUGGUCCGGUCCACAGGUCCCAGUGCUCCGUCAUGUGACAAAUGCAAAGUCGUCGCAGUCCAACGACCAUUUGUGGAUCCGACUGACAAAGCCACGACCGUCCACAUUUGGGCCAUGGGCAUUGUGGCGGUGAUUGGCGGACAGUUUUACGGCUGGAACGAGUCCUUCAGCGUGGGGUUUGCGCCGUUUUUCUUGGCAUUCGUGAUGAUGGGGGCGGCGUACAUCAUUUACGUGGCGUGCGUUUCCGAAGUCGGGGGAAAAGUUCCCGGUGGCUCGUACGGGUUGGCCCGCGCAGUGCUGGGGUUUUACCCUGGAUUUCUCCUCAGCAGCCUCGAACUUCUCGAGUACACUUCAUUUGCGUCCGUGUCGGUGUUGUACGUGACCGAGUUUGCGACCACGUUUUUCAACUGGAACGAGGACUACCAACCGAUCUUGUGGCUGCUGUUCUACGCAGUGUUCAUCUUCAUCUUGGAAUCGCGGGGCAAGUACGUGUGGUGGUUUAUGCUCGUGUUCGUUGUGCUGUGCCUCGCGCCCACCGUUUUGUUUGUGUGUGGGUCGCUCUCGUAUGUCAACUUUCAAGCCAACGCCAUCCUUGUGGACGACGCGACCAACGAAACAACGUGGGCCACAGGCGAUAUUUCGUCGGCGUUCUUUGGCAUUUUACCGUCAACGACGGUGGGGUUUGCAGGCGUCGAAAGCCUCACGGUGGUCACUGGGUUUGUCAAAGAUCCAGCAGUAGCCGUGCCCAAGGGGACCGUGGCGGCCGUGUGGACGCUGUUCGUGUCCAACAUAGCACUCAUUCUCGUUCUGGCAUCCCUUCCCCCAGGCCUCGCGACGACUUCCACGGACGAGUACUUUCUCGAUCGUGGAUUGAGUCUAGGACUUGGCAUGUCCUCUGGACUGUCAGAGUGGCUCAUGAUGCCGGCGCAAAUGGGCAUGGCGUUUGGCUUUUUCAUUCCGUACGCUCGACUGACUCAAGCGAUGGCCGAUUCCAACUUGUUGCCAUCAUGCCUGCGACUCAAAGGUCAGCCCAACACGGGACGGGCGAUGAUCGUUGCGUCUGGGUUUGGGUACCUCAUCUGCCUCGUGUCGUUCUACAGCCCCAAGUUCAAACAAACGCUGCAAAACAUCUCGAUUCUGGCGGGGACAAUUUGCUACGCCGGCCAGACCCUUGGCUUUGUGAUGCUUCGAACCACGUAUAAAAUUGAUACCGCGGGGUACACGAGCCCGUAUGGCCUCGUGGGGGCGUAUUAUGUCUGGGUCGUGUUCUUGUGCCUGUUUGUGUCCAUUGCGGGGGGGUUCCAAGGAGACAGCUGCAUCGCGGUAGCGUCCACGUUUGGCUUUGUCGUAGUGCUUACGCUGUACUACGUGCUGGGGUGUCAAAAGUCGCAAACAGUGUCUAAGGAAGAGUACACGUCUAUUUUCAAGUUCAGCGUGAUGAAAUUCAACAAAAGUCGGUCCAAGAAGCAAAAAAAGAGAUCGUCGGCAGCCACGAGCCAUCUGUCGCGGGCGUCGAUAGCCACAGCUGCCAGGCUGGUCCUUCCCAAGAAACCUACUAAAGUUGGGCCGGCUAUAUUACACUGUAGGUAGCCCCUUUUGUUUAUUCUGAAGAACGUGUCUGAGGUUCUGUCGAGGAUCACUCGUUGCAAAGGAGGCAUAGUCAUUAGGGUGAUAGUUGCGACAUGGGGGGGGUAUUUAUCUUGACA